UUAUUAUUAUUAUAUUUUUAACUCCGCGUCGAGAAAAAGCUGUCAAAUUCAACAUUCUCCGCGUCGUUUAGCUUCCGAGGAGGACAAUCCGGUGGGAGAGAAAGAGAGAGCGAGCUUUGAUUCAAUCCUCCGAUUAUCGAAAUUUUAACAAACAAGAAGAAGCAAUGAUUGGGUUGUUUAAAGUAAAGGAGAAGCAAAGAGAACAAGCUCAGAACGCUAGCCGAGGAGGAGGAGCUUCUGUCAAGAAACAAUCUGCUGGCGAACUUCGUCUUCACAAAGAUAUAUCAGAGUUGAAUCUUCCUAGCUCUUGUACAAUUUCGUUUCCUAACGGCAAAGAUGAUUUGAUGAACUUUGAAGUCUCCAUUAAACCUGAUGAUGGUUACUACCACAAUGGUACAUUUCUUUUCACGUUCCAAGUGUCUCCUGUGUAUCCUCAUGAAGCUCCUAAAGUUAAAUGCAAAACCAAGGUGUAUCAUCCCAAUAUAGAUUUGGAAGGAAGCGUUUGCCUCAACAUCUUGCGUGAAGACUGGAAACCUGUUCUUAACAUCAACACUGUUAUCUAUGGACUCUUCCAUCUCUUCACGGAACCCAACUCUGAAGAUCCUUUGAACCAUGACGCUGCACAAGUCUUGAGGGAUAACCCAAAGCUCUUUGAGACCAAUGUCAGGAGAGCCAUGACCGGUGGCUAUGUUGGUCAAACCUUUUUCCCACGCUGUAUCUAACAAAAAGCUUUGGUUCGUUCUUCUUCAAGCAACAAGAUAAGAACUGGAACCUCUUUAUCAACCAUUGUAUCUCUUAUUCUCAAAAGAACCUUGUUUGCUUGUUUCUGUAAAAUUACAUUCGAAUGAGUUGUAUAACAUUCUGUUCAGUUUGAUUCGGUCUCAGUUUCAAUGUAUUUAUGCUGUGGUAUUUGAAAGAAUCAAAAAACA